CCCUGACACCGUGCUGUACGCGCCGCCCCACGGCGCGCGUGCUCGGAGCUCGCAAAGCGGAUGGCUCGGGCAACCCUGCCCGGCCUUUGGCACCGGCUAUGUACAGUGGGGCCGGGGCCGCGGCCGGGGUUGUGGUAUUGUCUUGAAUUCGGAACGCGUUGGCGGCUGCUGUUCAGCAUGCGUCCGUAAGCUGGCGCGGGCUGGGGAAGGGGAUAGAGAGGAGCAAGGCGCGGGGGGGAGAGGAAGAGAAGGAGCAUGGCGCCGCCGCUGUCUCGCGGUUACCCAUACGGGGGCGUGGCGGCACGAUGCGAGGAAGCGGUGCGACUCCGCGCAGCCGUAUUAAAAUAGUUCUUGGUAGCCUGGGAAUUGGAGAGGGAGCCGUGCACCCUGAAGCACGAAAAUUUGAAAUGGUCCACCCCGCCCGUCAAAAAAAGGCGGGAGAAAAGAGAGAGGCCAGCACAGAACCAGUGGAGGAGGAGGAGGAGGAGGAGGAGGAGGAGGAGGAGGAGGAGGAGCAGAACGAGGAGGAGCAGGAGGAGGAGGACGAAGAGAGACUGAUGUCGUGGGAGCUUCAAGGCCUGGGAAAACGGUUCGAAUUCAGCACCAGCGAGGGCGGGGAUUUUUAGCCACAGAAUCAGCGCCCGUGGAUCGACCCUCAGGGGAUUGAUCCCACAGGCGGUGGUGAUGGAGAAAUCCCAGCCUCGCAACACUAACGCAGGCGCGUGCCCGUGAGGAGCGCUCCAGGCACUUCGGCAGGAGGGGAGGGAGGUCUUGGCUUAAGGCAAACCAGGUCCUGACGGAAGCAUGUCCCCCUUCACC